AUGGGAAGGCCCUUUAUACUUCACUACGAGGAUGAUUGCAUCCAUUGUCGUAGCUGCAAAACUCGAGUUGGAUUCAUCAGGGAUCACCUUUUUACUAAUAUAGGCGAUGAAUCAUUCAUCUUUUAUACUGCCUUUAAUGUUGAAGUACCAGAGGACAAGCGAUAUCAUCAAGUAGAAAAAAAUGGCAGAACCGUAGCCGACACUUACUGUAUUAAAUGUGGAAACCUGCUAGGGCGGAAACUUAUUGCAAUCGACAAACCUUGCAGUUAUAUUAGAGAAGGAGUAUUCUUUAUAAGCUUACACAAGGUUGGUCUUACUAAUCAAGAUGGAGGUGUUAAUGAACAGGCUGCAGGCGCUAAUGUGCAAGAUGGAGAUGCUGAUGAACAAGGAGGCGCUAAUGAUCAAAAUGAUGAACAAGGAGGAGGCACUAAUGAGCGAAAUGAUGAACAAUGA